CAAGAACAUGAGACGAGCAAGAAAAAAACACAAGUAUACCCACCAGGCUGUGAACACUGAUUACACAAACAACACACAGUCAUUAAACAGAGGGCAUUUAUUUCCAAGCUCUUAUGCAUUUGAUAAACAUGAUAAGAACUCUACCUUUACCCUGACCAAUGCUGUUCCACAAAAAAUCACAUUCAACAGUGGAAGCUGGAACAGAAUGGAGAAGUGCAUCAAAUGUGUUCUGGAUGAUUACUGUAUCAAGAACAAUGGCACUGGCUUUGUGGUAACCGGAGCACAGCCCAGUGCCAACAACACCCUCAAGAACAGGGUUAAUAUUCCUUCCAUGCUCUGGUCAGCAUUCUGCUGCUAUAGUCACAGUGAGAAGGAGUGGAUAGCAAGUGCACACUGGGGCGAAAAUAUUCCAGAAAGUGGUGACAAUACAUAUCUGCAGACUAAGACCUUGGCAGAGCUCCAAAAUGAACUGAGCAGAGGAUAUGCUUCAGUAUUUGAAGUGUUUCCUGGAACAGAAUGUCCUCUCCACACCAUUGUCACUCAGCUCUACCCAAAACUAAACAAAACAUGCAAAUGUCCACCACCACUUUCAACUACUUCUGCCCCUCCCACAACCACCUUUACCUCUCCAGUUUCAACCUCUACACAUCCUGCUACCACAUCUGGUCUUUUAACUACCACUUUUGCGACUCUGACUACUAAAUUUGCCUCUCCCAGUACCACAUCCGUCCCUUUUACAACUACAUCUACCCCUCUUACUACCACAUCUGGCCUUUUUACUACCACAUCUGGCCUUCCCAGUACCACAUCUGUCCCACCUUCUACUACAUCUUCCACUCCCAGUUCCACAUUUGUCCCAAUUUCUACCACAUCUACAUCUCCCAGUACCACAUCCGGCCCUUUUACAACUACAUCUGCUCCUCUUACUACAUCAGGCCUUUUUACUACAACAUCUUCCCCUCCCAAUUCCACAUCUGUCCCACUUUCUACUACAUCGUCCACUCCCAGUUCCACAUCUGUCCCAAUUUCUACUACAACUCUUAGUACCACAUCUGGCCUUUUUACUACAACAUCUGGCCCUCCCAGUUCCACAUCUGUCCCACUUUCUACUACAUCUUCUCCUGCCAGUACAACAUCUGUCCCACUAUCUACCACAUCUAUAUCUCCCAGUACCACAUCCGGCCCUUUUACAACUACAUCUACACCUGUUAUUACCACAUUUGUGCCAUUUACCACCACAUCCCUACAACUUUCUACAACAUCUACCCCUCUUACUACCACAUCUGGCCUUUUUACUACCACAUCUGGCCUUCCCAGUACCACAUCUGUCCCACCUUCUACUACAUCUUCCACUCCCAGUUCCACAUUUGUCCCAAUUUCUACCACAUCUACAUCUCCCAGUACCACAUCCGGCCCUUUUACAACUACAUCUGCUCCUCUUACUACAUCAGGCCUUUUUACUACAACAUCUUCCCCUCCCAAUUCCACAUCUGUCCCACUUUCUACUACAUCGUCCACUCCCAGUUCCACAUCUGUCCCAAUUUCUACUACAACUCUUAGUACCACAUCUGGCCUUUUUACUACAACAUCUUCCCCUCCCAAUUCCACAUCUGUCCCACUUUCUACUACAUCUUCCCCUCCCAGUUCCACAUCUGUCCCAAUUUCUAACACAUCUAUAUCUCCCAGUACCGCAUCCGGCCCUUUUACAACUACAUCUACAUUUGCUAUUCCCACAUCUGUGCCAUUUACCACCACAUCCCUAAAACUUUCUACCACAUCUACAACUCCUAGUACCACAUCUGGCCUUUUUACUACCACAUCUGGCCCACUGUCUACUACAUCUUCUCCUCCCAGUUCAACAUCUGGCCCAAUUUCUACCACAUCUACAACUCUUAGUACCACAUCUGGCCUUUUUACUACAACAUCUGGCCCUCCCAUUACCACAUCUGUCCCACUUUCAACUACUUCUGCCCCUCCCACAACCACCUUUACCUCUCCAGUUUCAACCUCUACACAUCCUGCUACCACAUCUGAUCUUUUAACUACCACUUUUGCGACUCUGACUACUAAAUUUGCCUCUCCCAGUACCACAUCCGGCCCUUUUAUAACUACAUCUGCUCCUCUUACUACAUCAGGCCUUUUUACUACAACAUCUUCCCCUCCCAAUUCUACAUCUGGCCCUCCCAGUACCACAUCUGUCCCACUGUCUACUACAUCGUCCCCUCCCAGUUCCACAUCUGUCCCACUUUCUACUACAUCUUCUCCUGCCAGUACAACAUCUGUCCCACUAUCUACCACAUCUAUAUCUCCCAGUACCACAUCAGGCCCUUUUACAACUACAUCUACACCUGUUAUUACCACAUUUGUGCCAUUUACCACCACAUCCCUACAACUUUCUACCACAUCUACCCCUCUUACUACCACAUCUGGCCUUUUUACUACCACAUCUGGCCUUCCCAGUACCACAUCUGUCCCACCUUCUACUACAUCUUCCACUCCCAGUUCCACAUCUGUCCCAAUUUCUACCACAUCUACAACUCUUACUACUACAUCUGGCCUUUUUACUACAACAUCUGGCCCUCCCAUUACCAUAUCUGUCCCACUUUCAACUACUUCUGCCCCUCCCACAACCACCUUUACCUCUCCAGUUUCAACCUCUACACAUCCUGCUACCACAUCUGAUCUUUUAACUACCACUUUUGCAACUCUGACUACUAAAUUUGCCUCUCCCAGUACCACAUCCGGCCCUUUUAUAACUACAUCUGCUCCUCUUACUACAUCUGGCCUUUUUACUACAACAUCUUCCCCUCCCAAUUCCACAUCUUUCCCACUUUCUACUACAUCGUCCCCUCCCAGUUCCACAUCUGUCCCAAUUUCUACCACAUCUAUAUCUCCCAGUGCCACAACUGGCCCUUUUACAACUACAUCUGCACCUCUUACUACCACGUCUGUGCCAUUUACUACCACAUCCCUACAACUUUCUACCACAUCUACCCCUCUUACUAGCACAUCUGGCCCUCCCAGUACCACAUCUGUCCCACUUUCUACCACAUCUACAUCUCCCAGUACCACAUCCGGCCCUUUUAUAACUACAUCUACACCUGUUAUUACCACAUCUGUGCCAUUUACUACCACAUCCCUACAACUUUCUACCACAUCUACCCCUCUUACUACCACAUCUGGCCUUUUUACUACCACAUCUUCCCCUCCCAGGUCCACAUCUGUCCCAAUUUCUACUACAUCUUCCCCUCCCAAUUCCACAUCUGUCCCACUUUCUACUACAUCGUCCACUCCCAGUUCCACAUCUGUCCCAAUUUCUACCACAUCUACAACUCUUAGUACCACAUCUGGCCUUUUUACUACAACAUCUGGCCCUCCCAUUACCACAUCUGUCCCACUUUCAACUACUUCUGCCCCUCCCACAACCACCUUUACCUCUCCAGUUUUAACCUCUACACAUCCUGCUAUCACAUCUGAUCUUUUAACUACCACUUUUGCGACUCUGACUACUAAAUUUGCCUCUCCCAGUACCACAUCCGGCCCUUUUAUAACUACAUCUGCUCCUCUUACUACAUCUGGCCUUUUUACUACAACAUCUUCCCCUCCCAAUUCCACAUCUGUCCCACUUUCUACUACAUCGUCCCCUCCCAAUUCCACAUCUGGCCUUUUUACUACAACAUCUGUCCCUCCCAGUUCCACAUCUGUCCCAAUUUCUACCACAUCUAUAUCUCCCAGUGCCACAACCGGCCCUUUUACAACUACAUCUGCACCUCUUACUACCACGUCUGUGCCAUUUACUACCACAUCCCUACAACUUUCUACCACAUCUACCCCUCUUACUAGCACAUCUGGCCCUCCCAGUACUACAUCUGUCCCACUGCCUACUACAUCUUCUCCUCCCAGUUCCACAUCUGUCCCAAUUUUUACCACGUCUUCCCCUCUUACAACCACAUCUGGCCUUUUUACUACCACAUCUGUGACUGUCAGUACCACAUCCCUCCCUUUUACAACUUCAUCUUUCACUACCACACUUGGAACUCCCACUUCAUCUGGCCCUCACAAAAGUACAACUGGCCUUACUCCUAUGACAACCAGUACACCCUCAACUAGUGCUGCUACCAUUUUGAGCACCACUGCACCUACAACUACAGAAACACCAACAACUAUUCUACUUACAACCACUCUUCCUCUAACCACAACAUCUGUCAAAUUAACUACCACGGCCACUCAUCGAACAACAACUGCAAUGCCCCAAACAACAUCAGUCCAUGUAUAUUCUGCUGUGGCUGUUACAUCAACCCCCUCUAUUGACGCAUCCACAGCUUCUUCCAAACUUUCUCUAGCUACUGCCACAGGUUCUGCGAAUCCUCAAACUGCCACCACCACUUUCAGUGGCAUUACUGUCUCUUCAAACUCAACCGAACCUCAACUUACAUUAGCUUCAGCAACUACUUACCUUGCAAAUGUGACUAGUGAGCCUUUAACCUCUCCAACAUCGCAGAAUAGUAUGUCUGUUCCUUCAAGCACCACCACAUCUACCUUUCAGACCAUAAAUGCUUCUUAUCCAACAUUCAACUCCACUAGUCAUCCAACCUCAGUAGCUCAUCACAUCAUCUUUAGUCAUAGUCCACCUUCCUCUUCAGCCACUUAUCCAACCUCAAACCCUCCAAUGAUGUCUAACUCUCCUUUUCCGCUUUCAAAUUUAUCCAUCCAGUGUCCUCCUUUUACACAAAUAUCCAUUUUUCACCAUUACCAGAAUGUCCUUGCCUACUACAAAUUGUUACUACAAUACCAGAAUAACACCUAGCUGGUUUUUUGUGCAGAUUCUCUUGCAGUAAAUACAUCUUUUUACCAAUAAAAAACUUUGUGUUGUAAAUGAAAUUAUGGCUUUGUAACAAAAAAUGUUUUAGGUAUAACUUCAAAUAGUAAAUUUUAUUUAACUUGAUGAUUUAAUUAACUUUAUUUUCCUCUUCAAUUUGCUUUUGAAUGUUGUUUGCCUCACCUCCAACCAAAUGCACAGUAUUUAAUACUGAUGGGAAAAUGCACAUUGUUUACUGCCAGUGUAUUUAUAACAUUGCCAGUACCACGGUGCACCAGAUUAAAAAACAACCCAUCAAGCGCUGGAUGACCCAAAUGGACCUGAUCAAGAAACCCAAAAUCUUUUUUUGCAAUUUCUCAAGCAUCUUGUUGAGUAAAAUUUUACUUCUGUAAAAUAUACAGAAGUGAAGAUACAUAACAUCUUCAACUGCCAUUCUUCCCUGCUGUAACAGUGUUUACAUUUAGUUUCUGCCUUUGUUUAUCUGUCUCUUUUGAUCUCUAGAUUUUUCAGAUGUUAAAUUGUUCAAUCACAUAUUAAAAGCCUGAAA